AAUAAUUUUACAUUAUUUUAGUGGCGAUCUUGCUCUGCCGUAGAUGAAUUAUUGUCAGUUGUGUCCUCAAUUGGUAGAAAUGAUGUCAAAACUGUUUUUAACAACCAAAAGAUGCCUCCUAUCAUUGUGAUUGAAGGACCUAAAUUGAAAGGGAUGGAGUCAGUGUGCAGCCGGCUGAGUUCUUCAUUGGGGGCAACAUACUUACAUUCUGUUCCUGUUUGUAUUCGACACCUGAAGAAAGUUUUCGACUCUCAACCCCAGUUAAUACGUGGGGCAUUUUAUGCUAUUAGUAAUUAUAUACUGGGACAGGAACUAUUUACGCAUCCCCAGACCUUGCCCGUUCUUGUAGAUAGGUAUUGGAAUAGCACAGUCGCACAUGGUAUCGUCAACGAAGUAGGAGAUGGUAUCGGCAAUUUACCUCCGAAGAAUCACACGAUAUAUGAUUGGCCUGUUGAUUUACCACAACCUACCACUGUUGUUCUAGUGAGUUGCAGGAAAAAACUACGAGAAAUGAAGAAAAACGGUCCUAAGAGGGGUAAAAUUGCAUACGAGAACAUGAUUUUUGAAACGUUUCGACGUAUGAGAAACCAAUCUUGGAUAGAAGUCGAUUGUACAAAACAGGGCUGUACUGAUACUACCGAUGUUGUCAGUCACAUCAUCGACAGGCUUCAAGACAAAAAUAUUGUUUCUGUCGAUUCACAAGCGUCACUUUGCCCUAGCAUGAUACUACACCCAAAAGUACCACACGAUACACUUCCAGUUGAGAUGCCGUCUACUUCAAAUCAUCAGCUUAAAUUUGAUGCUAUGUCAAAUUUAGCAUUCAAAAGCUGCUUGUGCCCGAGUGUUCCAUCAUAGUUUUGUUGACAUCAAUGAAAUUACAUAAAGCUGACUCGUAAGAAGAUACUUUUCCAAUGGAGAAAUUAUAUUUUGGUCUGGUUAAUGACAGAUCAUUGAUGUUGUAUUUUGAAGCCAAAUAAAUCAAAGAAAUUACAAUAUGCCGAAUUACA